AUGAUUCAGUUUUUAUUUGCGCCAGAUAUACAAAAUGUACAUUGUGAUACAAAUACUUCAAAUUGCUACUUUGCAAGAUUUGUCCAAGACAAGGAACCCAAAUUGGAAGAUGUAACAUUUUUCUAUCAAAUACUUUUCAAAUGUUAUAAAUACAACUAUAAUGCACCUCUCGAACCAAAUCAACAAGAAUAUGCAGACACUGCCGAUCAAAUAAUAGCAAGAACAAUCAUUUUAAAAAGUUGGAUAGAAUAUUUCUACACACACUUUCAAUACGAUACAUUGAAAUAUCUUUUGGAUCAACUACACAUUAUAGAUAGAAAUAUCUAUCUCGGAUAUAUCAUAUGGCGUUUGCCAUUGUAUGAACAUCUAUCAUUGGUACCAUACCUCGCUGAUGAAUAUAUAUCGAGUUCAGAGGCAAGGAAAGAAGGUGUUCCAUAUAAUGAUCAUUUUAAGUCGGUAGUUGGCAAAGAUAAUAAUCCUUUUGAAGGCCGACAUUUAACGAGUAAGGAUGAAAUGGAAAGAGAUCAUCCAAUGAAGAACUUUAAUACCAACAAAACAUCAAUAAUUGACAACAAAUACAAAGAUCAAGUCGUGCUACUUCAUGAUUCAAUAGUCAGACAAAUCAAAACAGAAUACUUUAUCAAAUCACAUUGUACCAAAGAUAAUGAUCACAAAGAUAUGUUGGAUAGUAUUAUUUGGCAAUACGAGGAUGGAUAUCCAUUUGAAAACAGUCACAAACGAUCAUUACAACAUGGAUACUUGUUAGAUUCUAUCGAUACAACACAACAACACCAACAAACAACAACAACAACAAUGAUGAUCAAUAUGAAUUGA